AUGGACGGAAGAAUGGGAAAUGGAGCUCUCAAGUGCGUUGAGGUUGGCCGCGAAGGCGAGGAGAAAGUAAGGUGGCAAUUGUUGACAAGAGUACUGCUUCUGCCCGCCAACACGCCCGGGACUUCACUCGGUGAAGGGCACCAGGAAGGGGGAAUGAGCAGCUUCGAGACAGAGCAUCCGAUCAACUCUGCAACUCUGAAGUCAGGCGUGGCCGGUAGUGUAACACCGGGGCAAACGACGGCAAAUGAAGCCGAUUGGGUCUUAUUUGCCAAUGCAGUUGAUGCGUAUAUCUGCCGUGAUACUAUGUUGAGUUUCGGAAAUAAAAGACCACUGGCGAAUAUCAGGAAGGGGAAAGUUGUCGGGACACAUGUAGUCCGCGGAUUUCAGCAAGAUGUGUGGGAACGCCUCAUCCAUCCAGCAAGAAAGAAGGUUGCGGCGUCUGGCACUGCGACUAGAAAGACGAGAUCAACAUCUACCUCCGGUGUAGUACGCCCACCGAAGCACGGAAAGAGAAAAAAGACGAAGUACGACCGUAGUGCAGAGGCACCGAAGGAAGAUUUGAGACAUUGUCAUUAG